AUGGGUCUUAUACGAUUUGGUAAUGCCGAUUAUUCUCUGUAUUUUAUAAUUGCAUGUAUUUUAAUGUUUAUAAGUACACUAUGUUGUAUAACGGCAUUUGCAGCACCUUAUUGGACGGCUCGUUAUCAAGAUACGCCGAAAGACUUUAGACAUAUCGGCCUUUGGGAAUUGUGUUUGUAUAAAUAUAGACAUUAUAAAGAUGAUUUACAAAAACCAUAUACUGGCUGUUUUUGGUUUUGGGCAAAUGAUAUGUAUCGAUUUCGUGAUUGGAUUAUACCACCUUGGUUCAAAUGGGUUCAAGCAUUUGCAACAUUGGCAUUCAUAUUUACGAUUGUUUUGAUGUCAGCUAUUGCUGUAGCACUCUUCUCAACAUUUCGUUGGCGUUGGAUAAGUAUACUCAUUUUUGGUAUUAUUUCAGUUGCUAUCUGUAUAUUAGAAGUACUUGCAAUAGCAAUUUAUGGUGUGCGUGGUCAAGAUCGACUCUGGAUGCCACGACCAGAAUUUAAUUUCUUCUCAUUUGGUUAUUGGCUUGAAUUCUGUGCAGCCGUUGGUGCAUUUUUCGCAAGUAUUCUAUUUUUUAUGGAUGCUCGUUGGUUAAGAUCACCGUACGAUGCCGUGGAUGAGAAACGUUCACAAAAUCGAAAAUCACCUUCAAACGGAUCACAUUUGUUAUUAACAAAUUCAUCUGUUAAAACAUCUGUAUGA